UUUCAUUAAAGGGGUAACGGAUACCAUUGGACGCCUAUUACGCCGUAGGUUUAGCAUGAGGACAAUUUUCCGCCCCCACACAAAGGUAAGGCAGGUGCUGCGCUCUCCUAAAGAUAAGGACCCACUGGGUAGCCCGGGGGUAUACGAGAUACCUUGUGACUGUGGUAGAGCGUAUGUCGGCGAGACUGGAAGGAAUGUCUCCGCGAGGUUGUCGGAACACAUACGAAGCGUGAAGAACAUGGACACCAGGAAUUCCGCAGUGGCAGAGCACGCGUACGAUACCGGCGCGUCCCAUUUUAUACGCUUCGAUAGAGCAAGGUUGUUGGUACGGGAGAAAUGUUUUGUACCACGCAAAGUUCUCGAGGCCAUUGAAAUCGGACGCCGCCCUAAUUUCAAUCGGGACGGAGGCUGGAUGUUGCCACCAGCAUGGAAACCGGUAAUACCUAAUGUGAAGCGGAAAAUGUGUUUUGACAAUCGUGUGGACACAGUGAGUGCAGUGUGCUUACCUCCAUCGGUCGACACAGCCGCGCUAUCAGAACUCUACACAACAACUACAGCAGCAGACUGCUCUGCGCCCCCCUCCCCCGUCCUAUCAGCGCGCGCGCAGCGGGCGGAGCGGCGAGCGGCGCGUUCAGUUUGCGGAGUCUAGCCGUCGCGUGAACUCCUAUACGCCUGAAGAGGGGCCUCCGAAUUGGCCCGAA